AUGUCCGAAGCCCUGCCAUCCGCUAUCCCAGAUAAGCAGCGGGAUGAUCCGAAGAAAAGCUGGGGCGAUGCUGGCAAACCUUCUCGAGAACCUGGUAUCCAUGGUCCCGGGGCUUCCGCUUCUGCACCUGAGAAACCAAAGGCGCAUUCUAGCAAGGUUUUGAACAAACUUGAUCCAAAGCAAGAUUCGGAUGCCCUUGAGGCACAACGCAGAGGAGAGCUUGACACAUCAGAAAACAAGCCGGGUGUUUCGAAGUGA